GGUGGGCUGUGCGUCAGCUGAUGACGUUGGACAACAAAAAUGGCAGGAGGAAGCAGCAACUACUGGGAAGAUUUGCGAAAGCAGGCCAGGCAGCUGGAGAAUGAGUUGGACCUGAAGCUGGUGUCCUUAAGUAAACUGUGUACAAGCUACAGCAGCUCCAGAGAUGGACAUCGAGGAGACAGCAACUCAGAUACUGCUCCCCUCCUCAACAACUCGACGCAGGACAGAAUGUUUGAGACCAUGUCUGUGGAGAUUGAACAGCUGCUGGCCAAACUCACAGGUGUGAAUGACAAGAUGGCUGAGUACACCAGCACCCCGGGGGUGACGUCCCUUAAUGCAGCCCUGAUGCACACGCUCCAGAGACACAGAGACAUCUUGCAAGACUACACUCAUGAAUUCCACAAAACCAAAGCCAACUUUCUUGCCAUCCGGGAGAGAGAAGAUUUGCUGGGGUCUGUCCGCAAAGACAUUGAGACAUACAAGAGUGGCUCAGGAGUGAACAACAGAAGAACAGAACUGUUUCUGAAGGAGCAUGAACACCUGAGAAAGAGGCAUUGUGGACAGUGUGUGACAGAAUGCAGUAGUGUGUGGAUGCCUUCCGCAAUGCAGUUGUUACUGGACGUUAGUGCUUCACUGAGUCAUUGAUCUCUGCACUUGCUGGGAAGUUUUGCUCCUAGAAAAGAACUCCGCCCUGAUGAUCAAGAACUCCGCCCUGAUGAUCAAGAACUCCGCCCUGAUGAUCAAGAACUCCGCCCUGAUGAUCAAGAACUCUGCCCUGAUGAUCAAGAACUCUGCCCUGAUGAUCAAGAACUCCGCCCUGAUGAUCAAGAACUCCGCCCUGAUGAUCAAGAACUCCGCCCUGAUGAUCAAGAACUCCGCCCUGAUUUGACUACCUCUAUUUCUUCCUCUUGGACACGAGCCAGACCGACUUAGCUCUAUACUCGCCUCGCCCUCCUUUCUCUCCCUUCUCUCCUUCCUCUAGUUGUGCUGUUCUUUCCUGUCCUAACCAUAAAAGAUGUGGUUGUCAGGCAGGGGUCAGCCCAUUAGUAAAAAGGGGGCCUUGCCAGUCAUAGAUCUGUCUCUCUCUCAGUAAAGCCAGGUGGCACAGGAUGGAAGGAUGGCCACGCCCGCAUCCCCUACUGCCCCCGGAGGACAUUAAUCACUGGGGGGGAUAUGGGAUGAAGUGUGUCCGUGUGUGUGCUUUCGCAAAGCCGAGACAUUGUGUAGUACUGUUGUGUACGACAUGAUUACAAUUGCUUUGACUAUCACAAUCGCAUCCUGUCUGGCAGAAUAUAAAAUCAUAAUUGUUCCGACCAAUAAUUGAGGUUUGUCCACCAAUGACCAAGCAAUACACUCUGGUGUCCUGUUCCCGUGAAGGGAGGACUAAACUCACUACUGACUGCUACUUUGUUUUUGUUUAUCCUCUUUUUUUCUGAGACAUUACCAGUAUUGAUUUAAUUAGGAAAUAAAGUGCUGUGACCAUUGUU